CUUCAGAGUGCCCAGCGAGAUGAGCUACUGAAGAGGAUUGAGGACCUGGAGGCAUGCAAUCCUCUGGAGGCUCCCACUGAGCACUUGGAUCAGUGCCAUGGCUCCUGGCGCCUGCUGUUCUCUACAGUCACCAUCCUGGGACGGAGGAGGAUCAAGCUAGGGCUGAGAAACAUUGUCAAUGUGGGGGCGCUCACACAGCACAUUGACAUUGUCACUCGCCACACGGUGAAUAAGGUCAAUUUCGACAUUCUGGUGUUUGGAAAGUUCAAGGGUGCCUUGACUAUUGAAGCCAGCUAUGAGCCGGUGUCCCCAACCAGAGUAGCCAUCAAGCUGGAGAAGGCGACACUGGUGCCAGAGCAGUUUCAGCAGCUAUUUCAGAAGAAUUAUCAGCUGUUGAUGGAUAUAUUCAAUCCGGAUGGCUGGCUGGACAUUACCUUUGUAGAUGCCCAGCUUCGCAUAGGCAGAGACGACAAGGGCAAUGUAUUUGUUUUGGAGAGAACAUAG